AUGAACGCCGCUACCGCUCUCCGGGCCAGAAUGGCCACCUCUUUCGUCGCCCGCCGUGGCUUUUCCACCACCCGCGCCCAGCUCGGCAGCCCGUUCCACUAUGCUGAGGGUCCUCGCUCGAACAUCCCCUUCAACCCUCUUACCAAGUUCUUCUUCUUCAGGUACUGGGCUUUCAUGAUCACCGGUUUCGGUGCUCCCUUUGCCAUUGCUGUCUGGCAGACCUACAAGACUCGCUAA